GGGAAGAUCGCAUCCAGUGAUGGCCAGCAUCGGAGUGGACUAGUGCCAUAUUCAUGAUGUUUUUGUUGUUCAUAUUCUGCAUUUGCAUCCAUAUCUAUACGUGCGGUGUCGACGCACAUGGCCCGGAGAAGGACCCGCGGAUUCAUGAGCGCAACGAUAGACCGCAUCACGGGCGGCCACACAACAUGCACAGACCGCCGUACAAGGCCUUCGAUUGGUACAAUCAUUAUGCAAUGGACGAUAGACCCGAUGAGCCCCCAACUGAGCCGCCCUAUGACCAUGUCUAUGGCACUACGGAAGCGGUCUUGACUGGCGUUGCAGCUGAGCAGCAGAAUCGAAUCGAACUGGAAAAGUUGGAGACCGCGGCCAGGAUCAGCAAGGUGGAGGAAUGGAAAAAGCAGCUUGCCGCUGCACCGAUGCCGGGAAAAAAGGAUACUAUCAAGUUUCUAUUCGAAGUCGAGCAGAUGGCAAAGAAUGUUCUAGAUGCGCGACGAAUACCACACCGAAGGUCACCGCGUCAUCAGAGUCGCCGCCACCGUCGCAGGCGUCACUAAUUCCAAUUCGAAUUCGAUUGAUCUGUAAAGCGUGCAAAUAUUCAAUUCAAUAGCCAGUAAAGAGUUGAGCGAAAGCAAAGCCUCGCAGAACAGAAGCUGCUCGAAUUUCAAAUGAAUCGUUUCGUCCAGGUGUUGCUUUUAGUGGUGGCAGUGGCCAUUGCUGGCGUUGCGUUUGCGGUCGAAAUAUUGCCCAAGGGUGACCAAGACAAACAGGGAAAGUGGCUACUGAAGCACUUUCCAUCGCUGGCCGAGAUCUGCCGCCGCCACACGAGCAGUUUGAAGGCAGAGGCGAAGGCCCAGCUGCUAGCUAAGAUGGAGAAAAUAUCAAAGCAAUUGGCCGCAGCAUGCGAAGCCAAAUUAAACGGUUAAACAAGCAGGCAUAGCAAAUCGUUUGGGCUGUAUGUACUAUGGACUUUAUUUCCAGCAUUAAACGACUAUCCACUGCAAACACUGAAAGAUGUCCACGUCUACGUCUACUCUAUGCUGGCUUCUGUGUGCUGCCAUGAUGCUCGGCGUUGCCUGUGCCGAAAUUUCCUUCGAGCAGGUAUUCUCGCCCGAGGAGCUGCAAAAGUACGGCCCAAAGGGUUUGAUCCAAUUGAUUAAGAGUAAUUAUCCCAACAUUGCGGAGGUGUGCUGGAGCCAGCACCGGGGUAUGGUGAGCCCCGGCGGAGGCGGUGUACUGCCCGCAGCAGAGGUAACAAAGUUCAAGGAGUACAUAGAGAAGAAGCUUAUGCUGCUGCAUAUCAUAUGCAAAGAUACUAUCUAUGAGCAUUACAAGGAUUGAUGGGAUCUCCCCAAUCCCAAUCCAAAUCCCAAUCAUCAGAUUCCAUUCCGGACGCUGGAGUGUGUCAGUUUAGCCAGCAGCGGCCGCAACUUUAAUUGUUAAUUUCUUGGGGUUUGGUUCCACUUAAUAAACAUCGACAUCGAA